AUGUCGUUUGUGGAUGUACUUAAGAGCGCAAUCACGUCUAAUAAGGAGGCUAAACUGGUCAAUGCCGAAGGCGGUGUUGUGGAAGAUAUUGGUGCUGCCGAGUUUGUGCAGAUAGGAGACUCUGAAAAGUUUAAGCUAGGUGAAGAAUCACAAUUCAAGGGGUCAAAGAUGUAUGAUGUCAAAAGUGUGUAUUUUUGCUGGAUGAACAGAGACGCAGCUGUGACAGAGUACAUCGAACUAUGUGAGAACAACAAGGUUGACGUUAUUUCCUUUGUUGAGAAGACGGACCUCAUAUCAUAUUUGAAAGGUGAGACAGAUACAUCCAACUAUGUCAUCAAACCAAACUCCGAUGAGAAAGAUGGCAAGAAAAGAGGUACCAGGGACGAUGAGAAAGUGGACUAUAAGGAAAGCAAGCGUUUGAAAAUCGAAAGUGAUCCGUUAUUAAAGGAAAUCAGCAAACAUGAGAUUGAAUUGGUUGAUCACGACAAGGCACUACGUGGUACGCAGAAGGCGAACGAUUUCAGUAACCUAAUCAGGGAAUGCGAGUACAAGAUUGUCAGGCCAUUAAAGAGUGCGUCAAAGAAGCCUUCUACAACAAGCAAGGAUGCAAGGAAGAAGGAAGUUGCUGGUAACGACAGCAGCUCAUUAGCUACUAUUUUGAAGAAGAAGGAUCCGAUUAUUAUACUCUCUCCGUCUGCGAUUUCCAUGUUGACAAUGAACAACGUCAAGUUGUUCUUGCAGGAUGGGAAAUUUGUCGAUCCGCAGGAUAUCAAGGAGGGGGCCAAUUUGAAUAUGGUUCAAGUUAUCAGACAGAGUAAAAAGUUUGGUAAAAAGAUCAAAUUUGUUGUGGUCUCCAACGUUGAGAAGUUUUUCGUAAAGCCCGAGUACUGGGAUAGAGUCGUUGCGGUGUUUACCACUGGACAGGAAUGGCAGUUCAAAAAUUACAAAAUCAACCAACCGAACCUUUUGUUUCAGAAAGUCAAGGGGUUUUAUGUGAACUACAGUGGAGAUGUUAUUCCUAACAACAUCAAGAACUGGAAUGUCCAAGUAAUCAGUUUAGACCGGAACCAACGGUUCAAGGACAGGCAAGUGAGUGAAUUCUUGUGGGAAUCCAUCGAACGGUUUAUGAUGAGCAGAGGAUAUAAAUAG